CUGAAAUUUCCCAUCUCACUUUUCAGUAACAGAGGAGCUGAUUAGAAAGAAGUCAGAGCAUAAUGAACUUCUUAUAUUUAGUCUUGAAGAAAUUUCUCUACAUCAAGAGAAUAUUGAGAGAAUCGAAAACAUACAGGAUUAUUGCCGUGAGCUCAAGAUACUCCUGAUGCAAUCGAAUUUGAUAGAGAAAAUUGAAAAUCUCAAUAAAUUGAAAAAGCUCGAGUAUCUAAAUCUUGCAAUAAAUAACAUUGAGAAAAUUGAAAAUUUAAGUCAGUGUGAGUCGCUACAAAAACUCGACCUCACAUUGAAUUUCAUAGGUGAAUUAACAAGCGUUGAGAGCUUGCAGUCGAAUAUUCACUUAGAGGAACUUUUUCUUACGGGAAAUCCUAGCACAGAUUACCCUUGUUAUCGCGAUUAUGUCAUCGUCGCAAUACCACAAUUAAAGCAUUUGGAUGGAAAAGAAGUAACAAGAAGCGAAAGAUUCAAAGCUCAAAAGAAUUUUGAUGAGAAUAGACGUCAAAUAAUUCAAUUACAGGCUCAAUAUCAAAUAUCGCGUGACGAGCAGAAAUUGAGAGUUCAAAAUGAGAUUGAAUCAAUGGAAAAUGUUGAUCUUGAUGAUGAAGAAAAAUUGAAAGAAUUUUGGAAUAUGAAAACUGAGCAUUGUCCUGAAAUGAGGAAAGAAAUUGCAGAAAAGUCACGUCUUGCCAACAGAAAUAAUAAAGUUGAUAUAAAUGAGCACAAGAAAGAUAAAUUCAUUCCAAAACUUUUUAAUGAUUCUGGACGUCCGUACUGUCUCAAUCUCCCCAAAUUGGAUUUCACAUUUUCCGAUGAAAUAGACCGUUACGAAUUGAAUUUGCAUGUUUAUAAAUUUCUCGAUACUUCAUUAAUUGAUGUUGACGUUCAGCCGAAUUAUGUUCGCAUAACUGUAAAAAGAAAGAUUUUUCAGAUGGCUCUCAACGAUGAGGUUCGAAUUGAUGAAUGCUCGUCGAAAAGGUCGCAAAUUACUGGACACCUGCUGAUUGUAAUGCCCAAAUUAAAAAUGGAAAAUGCUGUUACUGUGAAAAAUGAUGGGAAGCAGAAGGCGAUUGAAAUGAAGCCUGAUAAAAAAUGCGAGAAAUUAAAAGGAACUGUGGAUAUAAGAAACAUUUGUGUUGAUGAAUCUGAGGUUCCGCCGUUAAUAUGAACAUUUUGAUUUGUCUCAGCUGAAGAUUUUCAAUAGGGCCUCGUCACAAAAGAAUUGUACGUGAGUGAUGCUUUGUUAUUCUUGAUUAUCUCCUUAUCCUUAAAAGUGACAAAUUUAAGUUACUUUUUUAAAAAGAGAAUUAAAAUCCCCAUCUAUUGUUGUACAGUUCACUUCUUAAAACUUUAUAGUUGCUUAAAAAAACCACUUUAACUAAGCGUCACUCACGUACAAUUUUUGGGAAUUUUGCUUUAUCUUCAUUAUUG